AAUUGUGAUGUGUUUCUUGUUAAUUUUGUCUUAAAACUAGUUGUUUAAAGUGAUGUGUAAUUCUGUGUUAACUCGAUGGAGCCUCUCUCAUGAAACCCGUUGCUGCCCCCUAGCGGCCGACAUCCAAACCAACAAGUGACGUCCGUCGACUUCCGUUCCCAUUGCGGUCACGUGAUCAAAACAAGCCAAGAUGGCGUCGAACAUGAGUAGCAUUAGCCGAGCCGGGCGCCACUUUCAAUCCUUUCCCAUCUGCGUGAAUUUAUAAACCCAAAGUUGGGUUUGUGGUGAUGUACAGCGUCGGGGGCUACAUCCGGGCUCUGUGCCGGAGUGAGUUGUAGCGCCUGUCGCAGCAGCUGCGGCAGAGAGGCUGCAACUUAUGGAGGAGCUAGAAAACAAGAGAGAAACAUUUUUACGAGUUCGGGCAAACAGGCAAACGAGAUUGAAUGCCCGUAUAGGGAAGAUGAAGAGGAGGAAGCCUGAGGAGGGGGGGCAGGUAUGUCCGCUGUGCAGUGCCCCAUUGGCUGGGAGCGAAGAGGAGAUGAGUAGACAUGUGGAACAAUGCCUGAUCCAGCGCGAAGGUGCUUUGGCCGACGAAGACUCCGCAGACAUGGAUGGAGAGAAUGGGCGGGGCUUUGAGGAGUACGAGUGGGCGGGGCAGAAGAGGAUCAGAGCUACGGCUUUACUGGAGGGAGGCUUCAGAGGAACGGGUUUUGCCACAUGUAGUAUCAAGGAGAACGCAGCAGACAGUGACGCUGACCUUGAUGUGGACGGAGACGACACCUUGGAAUACGGCAAAGCCCAGUACACUGAGGCAGAUGUUAUCCCAUGCUCUGGCGCUGGAGAGGAUCAAGGAGAAGCCAGGGAAAGGGAGGCGCUACGAGGAGCUGUACUCAAUGGUGGGAUGCCUUCUAACAGAAUAACGCCUGAAUUCUCCAAAUGGGCCAACGAUGAAAUGCCUUCUACAAGCAAUGGGGAAAGCAGCAAGACAGAUCCCAGCACCCCUUCGUCUUCGUCCUCCUCUUCUUCUGCACCUCGCACUUGCAAAAACAGCGAGAUUGAGAAGGUUACAGAGGAGGAGUCCACGGCUACUACGAUGGAGGCUUUGAAGGCCAGAAUCAGAGAGCUGGAGAAGCAGAUACUACGAGGAGACAGAUACAAGUGUCUCAUCUGUAUGAGAAAGCCUACUAUCCAGUCAGGCGCAGAGAUCAGGAGCAUAGGGGCGUGGCCGGGGUCCCGGGCACUGGCCAAUGAGGUCGGAGAGAGGCAAGCUAAGUCCCUCCCCCUCGGUCUGUACUGUCUGUACAGGGGCCUUGUGAUUGGUGGCUACGGCAGCAGCAUAAAGAGGCUCCUCCCACAGCCCCUACGGAGGGACUCGUACACGAUGCCCCUCACCUCCAUCCAAUGCUGGCAUGUUCAUUGCGAAGAGUGCUGGCUCCGGACUCUGGGAAACAAAAAGCUGUGCCCGCAGUGCAACACCAUCACCUCGCCCGGAGACCUGAGGCGCGUCUAUUUGUAAAGAGCACAAGCCUGCCUCCGCGUCCCCCCUCAGUCCAUUCCUCCAUCUUGGAUUUCAUCCUCCAUGUUUGUUUGUUUGUUUUUUUCCCUCUCUUCUUGUGGACUGGAAUCUCUAAAGUUUCCUAGAGCAGAGACAUUUUUGGGACACUGUUUGCUCUUGGUGGAGACUGACGCGGGAUCUCGAUUCACUCUGGCAUCGAGGAAAAAGACACGAGGGUCUCUGCUAAACUCGACCCUCAUCUGGUGGCUUCAUGCUGCUGGAGAUGAACCUAAAACAAACUUCUUACUACAGACUUUCAGGAAAAAAAAUGAAAAAAAAAACAUUGAUUUUUCCUGCUUCUUUGUAAAAUUCCAACAGGACCAGGCGCUACGAUAACUCGAUGGAAUGCUUCUUUUUCUUUUUUCUUUUUCUUUUUUGUUUUUCUUUCCUCCCACUUUAGAGUAUGUACAGAGAAAGAGCGGGCAGGUCCACGGAAAUUGAGCUUUUGAACCAAACUGAGAAACAACAGGAAGCCUUUCAUCUCCACACGCUUCUCGCCUCUCGGCCUUUCCUUCAUUUGUGGUGUUUUAGUGAAGUAAACAAAAUUUUCUUCCCUUCAAGAUGCAGUGCAAGCACAUGUAAUAUAGUUCUAUGUAUGUUUGCAAUGUUGAGUGUAAAUGACAUAGAGUUCUCACAUAAACAUCACCAUCUAAGGACAAAAUGAAGUAUAAAGUAACAAGUCAGUUUUUUUGUUUUGGUUUUGUUUUCUAAGUUGUAAGAGUUUUCCGAAAAAUGCUUUUAGGACAAAAAAAAGAAAAAGAAGGCCUCUGUAUUUUUGAAGAAAAAAAUCCAUCAAAGUUUUAUUUCAUUGUACAGGAAUGAAAAACAAAAAACAAAAAACUAGAUGGUUGCAGUUUAGGUGGUGUAAUUUUUCUGUAAGGUACCCUGAAAAAACUUGAUCUGACCGAGGCGACGUGGCUGAGGACAAGAUAACCGACCCAGACAUUCUGCAGUGGAAAUGGAUUCGGCUCUUGUUCCUGUCAUUAGGGGCUGCAAAAUGCUUAGAUCAAAUCCUUUAUACAUUUUUUAACCCUUUCUUUCUUUUUUUUUCCUCCGUCAUUGCGCUAUGCUGCAAAUUAAGGCCCAGAAAGGGCAGGUUCUUUCCAAACACACGCAGAUGAAUGAAAGCUCUUGUAAAGAAGGAUGUCCCAGGCUGAACUGGCAAUCUCCUGAACUCUGCAGCGCCCCCUAUCCCUCCUUUACAGCAGCAGCCAAGGUGGUGGUGGUGUGCUUUGUGUUUGUAAAACUAUGUAAUCUGUGAUGUCUGUAUCGUUGUAAGAAAUACUGGAAAAAAUGGAAAAUAAAACCUCAAAAGUCCACGAGUG